GAAAUUGAUAAUACUACAAAACAAACGUUGGCAAGUCGAAGCCUAGUCCACGGUCCGGCAGAGACAGCGAGGAGAUCGAAGAUGCAUUCGUUCGGGUACAGAGCCAAUGCUCUAUUUACAUUCGCUGUAACUAUUCUCGCGUUUAUGUGCGCCAUCGCUUCGUUCUCCGACACUCUUAACUCCCCCACUCCCACCGCUCAUGUUCAGGUUUUGAGUAUCAAUCGGUUCCAAAAGAGACCAGAUGGGGAUGAUGAGGUUAGCAUGACAUUUAAUAUAUCAGCCAACUUACGGUCACUGUUCACAUGGAAUACAAAACAGGUUUUUGUAUUUUUGGCGGCAGAGUAUGAAACCUCCAAAAAUUCCCUGAAUCAGGUGUCUUUGUGGGAUUAUAUUAUACUUGAAAAAGAGGAUGCAUACUUCCGGAUUCGUUCUACAAACAAAUAUCGGUUCAUUGAUCAAGGAAGCAACCUCCGUGGUAAAGAUUUCAACUUGACGCUGCAUUGGCAUGUCAUGCCGAAGACUGGCAAAAUGUUUGCUGACAAAAUAGUCAUGACCGGCUAUCGUUUGCCUGAGGUCUAUAGAUGACAUGGACUUAAUAGGUAGUAUGUUCUUGUAACAUUUUAAUACCUUUGAAGGGGUAUUAUUGUCGGAGAUAUAUUAGAAGAGAAAAUCGAUAUAACUGUGUUCAGGGAUGUUAUGGUCCAUAUGGUAUGUACCAUGUUAUAACUGUGGUCAGUGGUAUGAAAUCAGAUAAUUUUUUGGUUUCUUAGUUCA